CGGGAGAAGAUGGCGGUGCGGCGGCAACUGAGGGGUUUUUUUCAGGAAUCGCAGUUCAGCGGCUUCGUCACUGUGGAGAGGCCGCUCUCCCGUGCUGGUUCCCUGUGCUACUCGCAGUUCUCUUCAUCUCCCUCGCCGCCGCCGCCGCCCGCGAAGGUGGCGGCGUUGCUGCCGCGGCAAUGGGAGCCGCCGGUGGAGGACUGCGCUGUAUUCCACUGCCGCGACUGCUGGGCGGUGCUGGGGGACUCGCUGCACCUGUGCGCGCAGAAGGAGCAGUGCGGGAUUGGCUUCCUUGUCUGCUUCAAAGUCACGAACGACGUGACGUGGGAGGACUCGCUCGUGAUGGGCCUCGAGGGAGCCCUCCUGGGAUGUGCUUACAAUAAGUUAUGCUGUCGGGUAUGUGGCUUAAUCGUGGGCUUCAUUCUUUAUUCUGCCUCCCGUGACCUGGCAUAUCUCCGAGGCUUCUUCUGUUUCUUCCAAGACAGCAUCCUCUGUUAUGUCUUAAAAAAACAAAUUAUAGUAGAAGCUUCUAAGGUGAAUUUUCCUGCUGUGACCCUAAAGGAACAAGUGCAGAAACUGAAAGAAAAACUUGUGGAGAUCCACAUUCGCAUAGAACUUCUGAUAAAGCAGCUGCAGGAACUGAAACAAAAUAAUAAUGUGUCAGAAAGGCAAUGGCAAAGGUCUGCAUCAGAUGCACUUGGCCAGCAUAUGCAGUAGUCAGGGUCAACUAAUAAUAUGCAGUUUUCAAGAACUGCUGGAGUUGUUCCUGCAUCUCUGCUGAGUUUCAUUAUGAUGAAGUAAAGCACCAUAAUGGGUUUGAGUGUUGAUCUGUCAUUUUAUCUGUGUAUGGAAAGAACUGAUGCUUAAGUGCAUCCCUUCAGUCUACAUGGAGCACCUGGAAAUCUGACAAACUGAAGUUAUGCUUGGGAAAAUGAAUACCUCACCCAUGCAGCACAUCACUCUCUGAGACAGUAGUGUAACUGUGACUUUGGUUUUGCCCCUGAAGUCAUUACAGAGAAUCAGCCUUUGAAAUACUAAAAUCACGUUUCUGGAACUAUGCAAAACAUAGUAACAAGAUGAUAGUCAAUGCUGAACUUUCUUACAGAGAUCUUGAACUCCUACCUUUUCAUAGGGUAUGGUGUCAGUGGCAGCUAGCUGUUGGUCAAGUGGCUCCUUAGCUACAUUUGGUAGGUGAGACACUGCUGAAUGGCGUCCUGAUUAGUUCUUUUAGAUAUGCUUGUAUGUGGGGCCUGCAAAAGGAGCAAGCUAGAAUGUCACAGAAAUUGCAUGGUGUGUUUAGUACAUGAAUCUGGAUGGCACAAUGCUGGCCGGAGUACAAGGUUUUGGAUUUCGGAUUCAAGGGCAACCAACAUGCCUUCCAAGUCCUCUGGAAGUGCAGCCUCAUGACUGCACAGGACUGAGGCAAGUUCUGGCAGCUCCAUGAAGCUUAGGCUGUGAGCAGCUGCCUUUAACAGAUUUAAGCCUUUCUGGGGCUGAAGCUGUGAAACCAAGGAACAAUCUUUUGUUCUUCACCUCUGCUCAGUUGUGAGAAGACUGCUCUGCUGAAGUUGUGAUGAUCUGCCUGCUGCCUUCGCUUGAGCAGGCAAGAUGUUUCAUAAAAAAUCUGUAGUGGGUACUUCUGGGCAUUUCUCUAUUUUGAAUGGAUUCUGCUUCUUUCCAAACACCUAGAAAGUAAUUUGAUGGAAAAGAAUGCUGCUUACCCCUUGUUAUUGGGACAGAGCAUCUUUAUCCUUAAUUCUUGAUAAUUGGAGUAUUAAGGAUACUUUUUCCUCUCCCUUUUGCUGCGUAAAGAGCUGAUGUUUUAAACCUUCCAUAAAGAUUAGUAGUUGUCUGUAGUAGUCAGAGGUUUGUAUUUACUUGAUCAGCUUCAUUCCAGUGAUGCAAUUUGUCAUUCCCUUCUGCUUCCAUGUAUGACUGGCUGAUUGCACUCCAUUGCUGCUGCAGCUGCCCAGUACUCCCUGUAUUUCAUGGUCUUAUUUGUAAAAUAACUCUUGUAAUAGGCUUGGAGCAGAAGAAACAAAACUAACUGCAAGGCACUUCAGAGGCUUUAGGUGGGCAGCUGGUACUUCUGCUAAUGUUCACUGUGCUGCUUUUUUGAUUAAGAGUUCUGGGUUGUCUCAGUUCAUUCUGAUUAAGCAAUAACAUAGAAUAUCAACAGACAUUCUGCAGGGAGAGGAGGGGUGCUCUGUUAAAUUCUAAUACCAUAUGCUGUCUAAAUUAUUUUUAUUGUUUGUUUUACAGAUUUGACAAGCAUAAGUGCAAAAAUAUAGUGCUUAUCAGUAACAGCUAAAUUCAGGAUAUUAAAAGUAUAACUACCUGAAGUAAAUGUUACAUGCUUCUAAGUUCUGUUUCAUGGCCUGUAAUGAUAAAUAUUGUCUUCUCUAAAAUGAGCUCUAUCCUGAUUCCUUAACUGGAAGGUGGUUCUGAAAAGUUGUCACAGUAUAUGCAUGUAAAGUUUAGAUUUGCUGUAUUUGAUUAUUUCAUUAAGAACAAAGAAUUUUUUUAAGUUGUGUUGUGCAGUGAUUUACGCAUUAUGUUUAAGGGCCAGCUGGUCUCUUGUGACCACACUCAUACUGUGCAAGCAUCUCCCCAUCUCAGGUAAACAUUGGUCUCUUGUAUAAAUUCACCUUUGUGUUACUUUCAAAGUGACAGCCUUUUUGUUGUUACAUCAGUCUAUGAAACAUGAUUGAUGACGGGACUACACACUUAUGCCCUUUUGCUCUGGUUUCUGCACUGAGACUGUUUCUUGUUACAUACUUCACAUCUAUACUGUGUGUAACAGUGUUAAAUUGUCUUGCUUCAUUUAGCUAAGUGUCCACCCCUAAAAGGAAAAUAAAGCUGUCAAUUACAUUUUUUUUUAUAUUAUUCAGUUGUAAAUAAACGGUUUUUAAAAAGCUGACUAUAGAAAUAUAUAUUGUGCAGAUCACUGAUAAUACCAUGUGAGUCAUGAGCCCACUUUUUCAUAGAUUAUGUUUGCAGAAAAAAAUAUCAGUUUAUCUUGCUUGGAUUAUUGGUCCAUUAUGAAGCAUUACAUUAAUGAUUCCUCAUAUUACAUAUUGUUUAGUACAUAGCAUGAAUUUGAGCAAGUAAUUGCUGGCAAGUUGGGGGUUUUAAAAAAAACUACACUUCUCAUCUCUGGAAGUGGGAGGCCCUCCACUGUAAGUCAAGCUGUGGUCCUUGAUGUCUAUGUCAAGUGAUGUGUUUUCUUGGCACUGACGACUGCCUGAUGCACCUGCUCACAGCAGCACAGUGUUAGAAGUAAAUUCUGGUUUAAGACACAAACCACACAAAAUGAAUGCAUUAUCUUCAGAAAUCAGAGAUGAACACUUACUGAAAUAUCAACCAAUGGGUGCACUUUAAGUGAUGCUUAUGAACUUUUUAUUCCUGAAAGACCUGGCGUUUGAUCCCAGAGCCUGUCCUAGAUUCAAAUUCCUCUUACUCUACAAUUAAUCAGUAAAUACUAAUUUUGCUUAUUCUAGUGUAGAACCUAAUCUUCUCUCGUGAGGCAUCUUGAGAGAUGUGUUCUAGCUUUAAGUGCAGCCAGGGCCAGUCUGGCUUGGGAGAGAUGGGUUCCCUUUAUAAAGGAAUACCAACCACUUAGAAAGUGAGUCUCAAGGUCAGGCCUUCUGAUGUUAGCUAUCCAGCAGCCAUCUUCUCUUGAUCUAAAAACAACUAGAAAAUGAAACAAAUUAAGGUGGUUGAACAAGCUACUGAAGUAAUUAACAAUCAUACUGUGGGUUUCUUGUAAGCUAGUGUAAGGGUUUGCAACCCAUAGCAGGUUUUGGAAAGCUUAUAUCAGUGUUGGGAGUCGUGGCUUCUUCAGUAUAGUCCCCAUGAGGGAGACACAGCACUUCACAAAACUUGCAGCAGCAGCUGCAAGAAAAGCUGUGCCUCCCUGCAGGUUGUGACAUGCCACCCACAGAAGGAAUUUUUCAGAAAUGUAGUUGCCAAAGCAGAAAACAAUCCACAUAUACAAAACAGUUGUCUGAGGGCCUUUUUAAUUUUAGGCCAACUAUACAAGUAACGGAAGCCUUUUACUACUACCUAAACCAAUCCUUGAAGCUUUUAUCUGAGUAUGAGUGAAGUAACAAUUUUUCUGUAGAUGCCUUCCAAGAAGUCGAAGGCUCUUGGAAGUAGACACGUCUCAGAAGUGGAGUGUACGGUAAGCUGGUUAACAUCUUCUGAACAAAUGACACAUCCAGUUUUAGUGCAUUCUCAGCCUGUGCUGCUUUAUUGCUAAAAAAAUUUGUAUACAGGUGCAGAGUUUCCAAGUUCAUUUUUAAACAGUUCCUCUUUACAGUGUCAAAAGAAUAAAAUCUUAUCUUGAAAUCCUCAAAGAUGCAUAGAUAUAAAAGCAAGCUGCCUUUUGGAAAAACAUCAGAAUUUGCAGGGAGACAUUCUUUCACUGUUACCAUGUAAAACGUGUGCAAGGGGAGUACAUAGUUCCUAGUGACACCAAUAAUUCCCUUCCUUAAUCUGUAUGAGCAUGACAUCAGAAGUUCAGUAUAAGUAUUUUCUACUCUGUUUUUUUAAGUAUGAAGGUAACUUAAGAAUCUAUAACUAAUACUUUGCCUUUGUUGUUACACCGUACUUUUCAAAAAGAGGAUAUCUUCACUGACAUACUAAAGUAGUUUAUUCCCCAGCUUUUAUACUGAAGGAAAUAAGCAUUAACAAAGGAGACAACUGAUUACUCAUCACACGAAAUAAAAUAUUUUGAACAGAGUUUAAAACCAUGAGAAGUGUUCUAAAGAAUACCCAAUAAAAAUCAGGUGGCCGUGGUUAACUGCUGGGUCUACUUUGUUUUCCAAAUUCUCAUUUUGCUUGAAGUUGGCUCAAGGGAUUUCAUUUAGUUUAACUUCUGAUACCAUAAGAUAGUUCUCUUAUAAUUUUCCGAUCUUCAUUUGGCAAUUCUUGUGUAACUAGAAAAAGUACUCAUGA